AUGCCCUUGCUCGAUGGGUUAAGAAACCAUGAUGGUGUUUCUGGCAGCGUUAGCCAUGAAGUUUCACAUGUGAAAGAUAUUCAUGCCAGCAAUGUAGGCAAUGGCUCAGGAAGCCAUGGCGCCCGACGACAGAAGAUCGUGGUCGUGGGAUUGGGAAUGGUGGCCAUUUCGUUCAUCGAGAAAGUCAUCAAACAAGACGCCGAACGACGCCAAUUCGACAUCCUUGUGAUCGGUGAAGAACCUCACGUCGCGUACAACCGUGUCGGUCUUUCGUCCUUCUUCGAGCACCGUCAGAUCGAGAAUCUAUAUCUCAAUCCCAAGGAAUGGUAUGGUUCAUUCCCUGACCGAUCGUUCGACUACCACCUCAACACCCGAGUCACCGACAUCUAUCCCGACGACAAGACCGUUAAAACCUCUACAGGCGAUGUAAUAUCCUACGACAUCCUCGUCCUCGCGACCGGCUCCGAUGCCGUCCUCCCCACACAUACUCCUGGCCACGAUGCCAAGGGCAUCUUCGUUUACAGAACCAUCCAGGACCUGGAACGUCUGAUUGAAUUCGCAUCGCAACACAAGGGCGAGACAGGUGUCACAGUUGGAGGAGGUCUGCUGGGAUUAGAAGCUGCCAAGGCGAUGACCGAUUUAGAAGACUUUGGGAGUGUCAAGCUUAUCGACCGCAACAAAUGGGUUCUAGCAAGACAACUCGAUGGUGACGCUGGUACGCUUGUUACGCGAAAGAUCAGAGAGCUUGGGCUUGAGGUUCUGCAUGAGAAGCGGGUACGGCUCAUCAAGACUGAUGAGGAUAAUAAUGUGACUGGGAUUGUGUUCGAGGAUGGGGAAGAGAUCAGUUGUUCAUGCAUAUGCUUUGCCAUCGGCAUCAAACCACGAGAUGAAUUAGGGCCUGGGGCUGGUAUUCAGCGCGCCGGAAGGGGUGGUUUUGCCAUCAACGAGAGAUUACGAACAUCAGUACCCGAUAUCUACGCUGUCGGAGAAUGUGCAAGCUGGGAGAACCAAACAUUCGGCAUCAUUGCGCCCGGUAUCGAAAUGGCGGACGUUCUGGCAUUCAACCUGACGAACCCCGACAAAGACCCAAAGUUCUUCAAGCGGCCUGACCUGAGCACGAAGCUGAAGCUGCUUGGUGUGGACGUCGCUAGUUUCGGCGAUUUCUUCGCAGACAGAGACGGUCCGAAAUUCAUGCCAGGCCAACGGCCAUCCCUUGAAACGGAGCAAAAAAAUGGAGAAGAAGAGCCAGUGAAGGCCCUUACCUAUAAGGAUCCGUUUGGUGGUGUCUACAAGAAGUAUCUCUUCACUAUGGAUGGGAAGUACUUGCUUGGUGGAAUGAUGAUCGGAGACACGAAGGACUACCUUAAACUGAACCAAAUGGUUAAAGCACAGAAAGUGCUGGAAGUGCCUCCCAGUCAAUUCAUUCUUGGCGCUCAGAACGGUGGUGAAGAGAACGCAGAUGAUCUAGACGACAGUACUCAGAUCUGUUCAUGCCACAAUGUGACAAAAGGCGACGUCGUCGAAAAUAUCCAGAACGGUACAUGCAAGUCCAUUGGCGAGGUCAAGUCGUGUACUAAGGCAGGAACUGGAUGCGGUGGUUGUAUGCCUUUGGUUCAGUCGAUCUUUAACAAGACAAUGCUUGAUAUGGGACAGGAAGUGUCUAACAACCUAUGCAUCCAUAUCCCCUAUUCGCGAGCUGAUCUCUAUAACAUCGUCGCCGUCAAGCGGCUACGAACGUUCGUCGAUGUCAUGAAAGCAGUUGGCAAGAACCCAGAGUCCCUUGGAUGCGAAAUCUGCAAACCUGCCCUUGCUUCCAUUCUCUCAAGUUUGUUCAACCAGCACAUAAUGGACAAAGAGCUCCACGACCUACAAGAAACAAACGACCGCUUCCUCGCCAAUAUCCAGAGAAACGGCACAUUUUCCGUCGUGCCUCGAGUUCCUGGUGGUGAAAUCACUCCGGAUAAAUUAAUUACCAUUGGUCAAGUGGCGCAGAAGUAUGGAUUGUACUGCAAGAUCACUGGUGCCCAACGUAUCGAUAUGUUCGGUGCUAAAAAGCAGGAUCUUCUGGACAUUUGGACGGCGCUCGUUGAUGUUGGCAUGGAAAGUGGUCAUGCUUAUGCUAAGUCGCUACGGACGGUCAAGAGUUGUGUUGGAACAACAUGGUGUCGUUUUGGUAUCGGUGAUAGUGUCGGCAUGGCCAUUCGACUAGAAGAGCGAUACAAGAGCCUUCGCGCACCUCACAAGCUCAAGGGUGCUGUAUCCGGCUGUGUGAGAGAAUGUGCCGAAGCACAAAACAAAGACUUUGGUCUGAUCGCAACCGAAAAAGGUUUCAACAUCUUCGUUGGAGGCAAUGGAGGUGCAAAGCCCCGACACUCCGAGCUGCUCGCAAAAGAUGUCCCGCCAGAAAAAGUCUUCUCCGUAAUCGACCGCUACCUCAUCUUCUACAUACGCACAGCAGACAAACUCCAACGAACAGCGCGAUGGAUCGAGAACCUACCCGGCGGAAUCAACUACUUGCGCGAAGUGGUGCUCGACGACAAACUCGGCAUUGGCGCUGACCUCGAGCAGCAAAUGCAAGACCUCGUCGAUGGGUACUUUUGUGAAUGGACAGAGACAGUCAAGAACCCAGACCGCCGCAAGUUCUUCCAGCAGUUUGCCAACACCGAUGAAGCCGUCGACACCGUUGAAGUCGUCAAAGAGCGUGGCCAAAAGCGUCCCGCGUACUGGCCCAAGGACGCUGCCGCCAGCGAGGACUUUAAGGGCCACCAAUGGUCCAGCACGUCAUGGCAGCCCAUGAUCAAAGCCGAUCACUUCUCCGAUGAGCACCCGCAAAUCUCAUCUGCCAACGUCAAGCGCGGAGAUACACAAUUGGCCAUCUUCAAGAUCAAGGGCAAAUACUACGCAACUCAACAAAUGUGUCCCCACAAACGCGCCUUCGUUCUCUCUGACGGUCUCAUCGGCGACGACGACGCAGGCAAAUACUGGGUGUCUUGCCCGUACCAUAAACGCAACUUCGACCUCAACGGCGAACAAGCAGGUCGCUGCUCAAACGACGAGGCCAUGAAUAUUGCCACUUUCCCCGUUGAGGAGCGGAAUGAUGGGUGGAUCUACUUGAAGCUCCCCCCUGUCGAAGAGCUGGACUCUUUGCUGGGCACGAAGAAGUGGGCUGUCAAGAAGGAGGAGUCUACGGAUCCGUUCCAAAGGAUGGAUAAGAAGUAUAAGGGGAUUAGGGGUAAGAAGGCCGGGGAGAUUGAGGGUAAUGGGCAGAAGGGUGUUCAGACGAAUGUUAUUGAUUGGUAG